AUGAAUAUCCCUGGGAAACAUGAGAGAACUGUGGCCGAAGUUGCACGGCGGGAGUGCGCACUGCUCACGAAACUCGCCACUGCCAACCGACGAAGCAGUGUGUACAGGCACCACCUCUUUUUCCGCCGCUCUCGACAUGCCGUGCAACUUGCAAGGAAGUGCUACAAUGCAGCGAACCCCAAGUUGCAGAGGUGCGAUGAGAGACGACAAUCAGCGGCACUGCUCUCGGCGCACCGCGCGCUGAUCAAGGCGGUGGAGCACUGCACUGCGGAGUUGGCCGCAAACCGAAUUGACACGAUCGCCCUUUGCGUUGCGUUCAUCGCCAUCCUCUCCCGACUUGGAUGUUGCGUAGGGAAAACGAUCUUGCUGGAGGGUGGCGCGGCGCGGCUCCCCGGGUUGCGCCCCGGCGCCCACGCACGCGACCCGGAGGCCGCGCGGGGACCGCGGCCACCGCCGGGCCCCCCGCCCGCCACCCCGCAAGGGUCCCUCGGCGGCGUC